UCUACUUUUUGACAUUUGAUUUUUCCUGCCUUCUAGUCUGUGACAAAUCUUUUGACGCUUUAGCAGGAAUUGUCAAAUUCUAGAGUGUCCUCAAAGUACUCAGGAUGUAAGUUUUCCUCAGAAGCUUAUGGAGACCUGCUGGCUGGUUACAGACCUGUUCGUAUUGCCUGGAAAGAUCUUGAUAAAUGCAGUGUUUGCUACAUGGAUGAGGUACAUUUUCCAUUGUUUAACAAGCUUUCUCUUUUAACUUUGAGACUUUCACUUGUUUUCUUUGAAUAUGAAAACAACUUGUUUCUGCAGUGUGAUAAAUGCCGAAUGAUGGUCCAUGCUAGAUGCUAUGGUGAAUUAGAACCUGUUAAUGGGGUUCUAUGGUUGUGCAACUUAUGUCGGCCAGGGAUUGCCAAGCAUCCCCCGCUAUGCUGCCUUUGUCCUGUCGUUGGAGGUGCCUUGAAGCCUACAACUGAUGGACGCUGGGCUCAUCUAGCAUGUGCUAUGUGGAUACCCGAGACUUGCCUAUCUGAUGUCAAGAGAAUGGAGCCGAUUGAUGGGGUUAACCGAAUCAAUAAGGAUCGUUGGAAACUUUUGUGUAGCAUUUGUGGUGUUUCUUAUGGAGCUUGUAUCCAGUGUUCAAAUAGUACUUGUUGUGUAGCAUACCAUCCGCUAUGUGCACGUGCUGCUGGCCUUUGUGUAGAGGUUGAGGACAAAAACAGGCUUCACCUUAUGUCCCUGGAUGAGGAUGAAGAUGAAGAUAAUCAAUGUAUUCGUCUACUUUCCUUCUGCAAGAGGCAUAGGCAGCCAUCUAAUGCACGUUGUUCACUUGCUGAUGAGAAAACUGGGCAAAUUAGCAGGCGUUGUUCCAACUACAAUCGUCUGUCUAAUCCAUCUGGCUGUGCUCGUACUGAACCUUAUGAUUUUUGUACGAGGAGGGGAAGGAAAGCACCUGAAGCCCUUGCUGCUGCAUCCUUGAAGCGGUUAUAUGUAGAGAAUAGACCAUACUUGGUUACUGGUUACUGUCAAAAUGGAUCGUUUGGAAAUGUACCCUCUUCCAAUCAACUCACAGCUCCAAGAUUCUCAUCUAUCCUUCAAAACUCAAGAACCUUUCAGCUUGAGAACCCUAAGAAUAUCCUUUCUGUAGCUGAAAAAUACCAAUACAUGAGAGAAACCUUCAAAAAGAGACUAACAUUUGGGAAAUCUGGAAUCCAUGGAUUUGGCAUAUUUGCAAAACAACCACAUAGAGCAGGAGACAUGGUGAUUGAAUAUACGGGUGAACUUGUCAGACCUCCAAUUGCUGACCAAAGGGAACAUUUUAUAUACAACUCAUUUGUGAAAUUUUACUAAAUGUCAGGGGCUCACCCUUGUAAGAAUAUUAUUUGAGUUAGAUCCUAGCUAUCAGUGUCACAAAUGAGCAUUUAUUGCUUUUCACAGAAGAGCAUUUAGUGUCCAAGUGGCUAUCAAUUCACAUGGAACAAAG